GCUCCCUGCUAGCAUCGUGUUGCUCAACAGUGUUACGUCGUAGUUCCAUUAGAAAAUUUUGAAUUGAGGUUCAUUGGUGGGUUGCGACUAAAAUGGUGGCGUUAUAAAAGAGUCUCUGAGGGGUUUUUAGAACAACACUUUACGGUAAUACUCUAAUACUUAACGUCCGCACCGUUAGCUCAGCUGGACGUUAUUACAUAAUGCUAAUUUAGCUAAUACAGCAGAGAUGUAGUACCUGCGAGGAAGGCUCGGCAGAACUGAAUGAGGUGCUGCUUCCUGCCUCUGCUCUUUAGUAAGCCCUGCUGCUGCUGCUGCUGGGAUGGGCCAGCAGAUCUCAGGUCAGGGGGUCAUGACCCGUCUGCCUGAGAAGCUGGCGAAACACGCCGGAUUGGUACGUGACAGCGGCUACCUUACCUACGAGGAAUUUCUGGCAAGAGUGGCUGAGCUCAAUGACGUUACGGCCAAGCUAGCUGCUGGACAGCAGAAACACCUACUGUUUGAGGUGCAGCCAGGAUCCGAUGCCACGGCCUUGUGGAAAGUGGCUGUCAGGAUCGUCUGUACUAAGAUCAACAAAGAGAAUGGCAUGGUGGAAGCAUCGCGGAUCAUGAACCUGUACCAGUUCAUCCAGUUGUACCGCGACAUCACCAGUCAGGCUGCUGAGGUGUUGUCCACAGAGGGUGCCACCGAGUGUUCGUCUGCACAGCUUCCCUCCACAGACUCCUGCCAGGCCAGCAUGUGGAUGGGCAGAGUGAAGCAGCUGACUGAUGCGGAGGAGUGUUGUAUCUGCAUGGACGGAAAGGCUGACCUCAUCCUGCCCUGCGCCCACAGCUUCUGUCAGAAAUGUAUUGAUAAAUGGAGUGGGCAGAGCCGAAACUGUCCAAUAUGUCGUCUGCAAGUAACUGCUGCCAAUGAAUCCUGGGUAAUGUCCGAUUUCCCCACAGAGGAUGACAUAGCUGGCUACAUCCUCAACUUGGCUGACGAGGCGGGCCACCCACACAGGCCUUAACACACAGAACACUUGUAUCUAUUUUUUAAAUUUUCCGUUAUUCUAUUAAGAUAAUUUAAUCUGAUUGCUGUAGAAAUACUGUAGAUUACACGCCCAGCACAGCCAUCAUUGUCUUUGCUUCGUAAUGAAAAAAAUAAUAAUUUAAAGAGGCAGCUUUUCAGUUACACCUGACAUCUUGUAGGAUUACAGAUAUGGCAAAUGUAAAACCACAAAAUAGUUUUAGUUUGAAUAAGUACUUCUGUUCUUGUUUCUAUAUUCAGUAAAUCCCCCCAUGUCACUUUCAGUUGAAGAUGAUAUGGUUUGGUUUAUGAGGAAUUCAUUCAUGCUGAUGUAUUUCAUAAAAUGUGAAUAUGUAUUAACCUUAAUUUUCAUGGUGACGAGUUUCUAUAUUACUGAAAUCUAAUGCUUUAUUUGAAGCUGUAUUGAGAUGAAUUGUUAAUUCAGCUUUUUGUUGUGUGACGUUCGGUGAGUUUAUCAGUUUGGCUUUUGAUUAAGUUCAGAUAUUUGAACCAGUUUUCCCAAGUAUGAGACAGUAGUGAUAUAAUAUUAACUUUCAAAUUUUACACAGUAGUCUCUCACUGCAUAGCUGUUUGAUUUCUGUUUUGUUAAUAGCCUAUAAAACUGACAUUUAAUGUGACCAAAAUACAUUUUUUUGGUUCUCAAUUCUGACAAAUCGCACUUUGAAACCUCAAUGUUGCUUUCCGGGUGUGAAUGCAGUACAACAAACAGAUGGUUCUAUCUCUGUGGUUGGAAAAUAUAAUCUGGCACUGUAAUCCUUUCACAGCAGUCAAGGCCAUGCACAACAAAAUAUGUGAGAUAUCUUUUACCAAGCUGAUCAGUGAGAGUCUGAUCUUGUGGUUGCAUGACUGCAUGGUCCAUUCAAAAAUUAUUUUAAAAAACUUGUAAUAUUUAACAUUGAGAGCAUAUCACUAUAAAACAUCCAAGCUUACAUACACACACUAUAUGUAGUUUGUUUGACAUGCAGUGAACAUGCAGGCUGCUGUGUAAUGUGACGUUGCAACCUUAAGGUGGUAGUAUUCUCCUACAAUGCUAUUGACACGAGUUCUAGCAUUAUUAAAGGCAUUUCAUUUGCAAUGCUGAAUGACAGGAGGUGUCAUUAAAAGGAAGCAUUCUUACUGUAUUAUCCUGAAUAAAGUCACACUCACUUUUUGCACUUUAUGACUUGUUGUGAUGGAUUGAAUGAUUUACACCUCUCUGCUUCCUUCGCGGUGUCUUUCAUCUUCUGUUGUUGAUAAGCUGUAUAACUAUAUGGUCUAAAUAUAUAUAUAUAUAAUUAUACGUUUUUCUAUCCUAUGUAAACAGGAAUAUGCAAUAAAAACCUAAAUGCUUC